AUGAGGGUCUGCCACAUCCCGUGCUUGGAAGACAACUACUCCUACCUGUACGUGACGACGAGCAGAAGAUCGCUGGGGAUCUGGUUCCGGGGAUUUCGUUUUUCUGGGUAGAUGUCGUGAUUUAAGCCGGGGCGUUGUUGAUUGCAGGAUCUUGGACGAGAGAUCGGGGGAAGCGGCGGUCGUCGACCCCGUGGAGCCCGAGAAGGUCCUGCAGGUUGCCCGGGAUGAGGGAGCGGACGUGAAGCUUGUGCUUACCACGCAUCAUCACUGGUUUUGCCCCCCUCCUAUCCUUCCGCUUCACUUUUUCAGGGAUCUCCAAACUUUUAGUCCGUUCCCAUCCCUCGAUUCUUUGGCCAACUUGUGAACAGUCGUAACCGGCUUUCCCCGUUGUUGUGAGAUGUAUUCCGGCUGCAGUAGAGAGAUUCCAAUUACCUCUUUCUUUGAAAUAGGGAAGCCGGCUCGCCCUCUGCACUGGGCUUUGUUGCAGAACCAUCCCCGCUCUACAGUAGAUUUCGACUAGUCAUUUCUUUGGCCAUUAGUGAAACGAAGAAAGAGCUUCUCCUAUUCUUCAUCACCCCGUCGAGUCGGGGAGACUCCUACCACUCAUUUCCUUGGCCAGUUUUUGCAAUGAAGAACGGAUCCCCCUUUGUAGCGAGCUGUGUCGCAUAAUUAGUACAGGGAAGGUCUAGCUUCCUCUAAUUGUUUCGGUGGAGUUCAGAAUUGAACCAACACAGGAAUUGUAUAUUUUAGUUUCUUAGGGAAAAUAAAGUGUGAAGAUCGAAAACGAUAAUUAAUUGGAAAUUAUGUAGAUGAAGAUUUGAAAGAGUUCAAUUAUGCCGAACCUGAAUUAAUUUAAUCAUUUUAUAUUAAGGAAAAUUAUUUCUACGCUGUGUUUCUAGUUAUUAGAUCUCAUCUUGACUUGGAACAAUAUGCCUUCAAUUUCUGAGUCUUGACAGGGACCAUGCUGGAGGAAAUGAUAAGAUAAGGCAGAUGGUACCUGGCAUCAUGGUGUUUGGAGGAUCGAGUGACAAUGUAAAGGGUUGCACCAAUAAGUUGGAGAAUGGUGAUAAGCUGUCGCUGGGAGAAGACAUAGAGAUACUAGCCCUCCACACACCAUGGUAUGCUUUCAGGCCCAUAUUAUUUCCAUUGAGAUAUUUUUCUGCACCAUUUCUCCAUACUUGUUGUCGCAUAUUCUUUGGCAUACGAUGACAGUUCUCAGUUGCUAGAAUUGGUUUUUUGUCUUGUAUUCCUACCUACGGGAGGAUCCAGUAGCCGUUGCCCAUCAGCAUGUUCUAGAUAAAAUUGUUGAAAUAUGCUGUCCAUGAUUGGAAUUAUUUUACAAAUUAAGCAUGCAGCGUUAAGACUCUCACUGUUAGAUUUUGCUUCUGCGAAUUCCCCCUUGCGUUAUUACCUAAAACUACUGAUUUUUUUUUUCUUGGAUGUAAAACUCUACUCAAUUUCGUGUUUAUAUUGUCGGAUACUUAGGUUGCUGGUUUUAUAAUCUCUAACGAUGAAAUUCAUCUUUCUUGCUGCCCGUCUAUCAGCCAUACAAAGGGUCAUAUAAGUUAUUUUGUGACAAGUAAACACGAAGAAGCACAAGCUGUGUUUACAGGGGACACCCUCGUGAGUAAUGUGAAGCGCUUUAUGUAUCCUGAUUUUAUUUUUGAUGUUCCUGCUAAUUAUAAAAAAGAUUAUUUUCCAUUAUUUUUCUUGGGUAUGUAUGUCUGUUCACCUGGGUUCUUGCUCCAUCUUUUUGUAGUUCAUCGCUGGUUGUGGGAAGUUUUUCGAAGGCACUGCAGACCAGAUGUACCAAUCUCUCUGCGUGACAUUGGGUUCAUUGCCAAAACCCACCAGAGUUUACUGUGGCCAUGAGGUACUCCUUCAUCCCUUUUCUCCAUACACCCGUCCUCUCCCAUGUUAGUGAUUUAAGAGCGUAGGCCCGAAAUGACAGGGAAGCCUAUGGAAUAACGCCGGCAAGGGUAAAUGCCUGAGAGCAUCUAAGAAAGAACCCAUUUUUGCCUGAUUACACAGGAAUAGCCCGUCCGUUUUAGGUGUCUGAUGAGCCUUAGAUAAUGCUACACUAAGAGAUGAAUCAUCUUGUAGCCUAUAGGGGAAGCUAGAGAGCGCAUGGUUAUUUUUUCGACAGAUAACACUUCAGUUUCCUUCAGUACACAGAAAAGAAUCUGCUGUUCGCUGCAACCAUUGAACCGGAGAACGAGAAAAUCAAGGAAAAGCUUGCAUGGGCACAUCAUCAACGUCAGGCCAGCCUCCCCACAAUCCCGUCGACCAUCGGUGAAGAGUUCGAGACAAAUCCCUUCAUGAGAGUGGAUCUGGAAGAGAUACAGGUUUUCUCCUUGUUCUUUUGAAGCCCCAAAUCCUUUUUACUAUUCCCGACGAAUCAGAAAUCUCAGGGUAUUAAGGCAUGAAUUUGUUAAAUAAUUUCGGAACCCAUUUUUGUAGGCAAAAGUUGGGUGCAGCUCUCCUGUUGAAGCCAUGAGGGAGAUCAGGAGACGGAAGGACACCUGGAGAGGCUGA